CCCGACGUUCAAAAUAAUUGAAACAACGGCGUGAAAUGGCAGCUAGCAAGAGUUGCCAGGCGGCUAACGAGUAUAUAUGUCCCUUACGCUAACUGCAGCGACUUGUGGAUACAAAAUACGACCGUUCUCGACGGUGCCUAACGGGGCGCCAGGCGAAAGAGGAAGUGGUCGGCAGGAACCAUCUCGCGCUGGUCGUCUGCUCUCCGUCGGUCGGUCUUCUGUGGAUUACAACCAUCCAGUCCGUCGCAACAACAGCAGCUGCGGCAGCGGCGGCGCAUUUCUCAUCGCAGCAGCGGAGAGGGGAGUGAAGUGAAGGAGGAAGGGGAACAGAGGAGAGGAGGAAAAAAAAAAGGAUUUACGGAUCCCGACCAAGCAUGGCUACCCAAACGACGGCAUCAUGCACUGGAUCCACUCUGUUGCAGCCAAUCAGCGAAAUUAUCAAUCUCCCCGUCGAUCAGGUUAACUUUGUGGCAUGUCAGCUGUUUGCCCUGCUGAUGGCUGUGUGGUUUCGGGUCUACCUCCACCCCAGUAAGACCAGUCCGUUCAUCAGACAUGUGGUGGCCACUCUGCUGGGCUUCUACUUGGCCCUCUUCUGCUUUGGCUGGUAUUCCCUCCACUUCCUGGUGCAGAGUGGUCUGUCCUACAGUGUGAUGGUCUUCGCCGGCCUGGAGCACAUGCACAAGUACUGCUUCAUUGUGACGCUGGGCUAUCUGAUCUUGUGUCAGAUCACACGGGUCUACGUGUUCGACUAUGGCAUGUACUCUGCAGAUUUCACAGGGCCCAUGAUGGUAAUAACACAGAAGAUUACCAGCUUGGCGUUUGAAAUACACGAUGGACUGACCAAGCGGGAGGGACAGCUGACUCCCAGUCAGAAAUACCUUGCUAUCAGUCGGAUGCCCAGCUUGCUGGAGUACCUGAGCUACAACUGUAACUUCAUGGGCAUCCUGGCAGGGCCCACCUGCUCCUACAACGAUUACAUGGCCUUUAUCGAAGGCACAUGCUACCAGCCACGCCACCAGGAGAAUGCCAACGGCAAGGAGAAUGGGAAGUACAAGCAAAGCGAACCCUCACCCAAGAAUGACGUCCUCUCCAAGCUUUGCACAUGUGCCAUCUCACUGGCCAUCUAUCUGUCUCUGUGCAAGCUGCUGCCGGUGGAGCGCUCGAUAGACGACGACUUUGUCAACGGCACACCUUUCCAUCUUCAGGUCGUCUACCUUUACGUGGCCAUGCUGGCUCUGAGGCCAAAGUACUACUUUGUCUGGACACUUGCUGAUGCUAUCAACAACGCUGCUGGAUUUGGCUUCAAUGGAUACAACAAAGACGGCUCCCCUCGGUGGGACCUGAUAUCAAAUCUCAGAAUUCUGGACAUUGAGUUUGCCACCAGUUUCAAGAUGUUCCUAGACAACUGGAAUAUCCAGACAGCUCUUUGGCUCAAAAGGGUGUGCUACGAGCGCUGUCACAUUAACCCCACUGCUGCCACCUUCCUGCUGUCUGCCAUGUGGCAUGGGGUGUACCCCGGCUACUAUCUGACCUUCCUCACUGGCAUCGCCAUGACCAUGGCUGCACGUUCAAUAAGGCACAACAUCAGACCGUACUUCCUGGUCUCUGACUCGUACAAGUGCAUCUAUGAUGUCAUCACGUGGGCGUGGACUCAGGUUGCCAUUAGCUACACAGUGGUGCCAUUUGUCCUACUUGCUGUGGGACCCUCACUCAAAUUCUACAGGUCUUGCUAUUUCUGCUUACACUUCCUGUGUCUGCUGGUGGUGGUGGCCCUGCCGGUCAAAUCAAGACGCCGGCAGGUCAAAGAGAAGCCUGACGGCCUACAGGACAACCAGACAGAGCACAACAGCACAGACAACAACUGCAACCAGAAAGCCAAAGCCACAUGAGGCCCUGGGGCGGCGACACACAGUCCCUUCAGCAGCAGAAAAACACUGAGACGAACUAGAAACCACUGAGAGCUGGAGUGUGGCGAGUCUGUUUACUUGACAAAGAACCAAAUAUCGGACGGUCUGAGAAUCCUGACGGACAGAAAACACAACGUCAAUGUCCUGUGGAAACUUCCAGUAGCAAAGAUGACAGCAAUCACACUUCUGACAUGGGGAGAAAAAGACCAGGAUGUAACAAUGGCCACAGUGUAAACUAAUGAGUGAUGGUGGUUAUUUUACAUUACAUUAGUGGAAUCGAAGAUUUCCGAGCUGCCUUAAACCCUCUGUGUACUCGGUCAUGAUGGGACUCCGCAAGAACCUAAAGGCAGUCGAACCACUGUGGUGUCGGCUCGUACAAACAGAAUAGAUGUGCAGUAUGUGGAGGGUUUUUGUCAUUGUCUGGAUACAAGCCUCUGUUAGGUGGAAACAGCAAAUGUGUUCAUGUAAAAGAAACAUAAAUCUUCAUCAUCAGCUGCCAAUUUCAAACAGGCCUUAGGAUCCUCCAAACAUUGUUUGAUUUCUUUGUCUUUAAAAAAAAACAACUUUAUUCAAGAAGAAUUCACAUUGUACGUGUUUGUAUUUAGAUUUUUCUGACAUCGCUAUUUGAAAUUCAUUUUCCUGGGAUGAAUUGACUGUGGAAUCCAAAUUUCGUCCAUCUCCAGCAUUGGUAAGUCUAAAGGGGACUCUAGUCAUGACAUGGAUUUCUAUUUGUUUUUAUUAUUUCAAUAAUUCAUAUCUGCUGCUUUUUUUUAACAUCUCUCAUUAGAUAAUUGUGUGUUUUAAGGGAGUUUAUUUACCCUGUCGUGAUUUAGAGUACUUUUCUGACUGAGGAAUUUCUGACUAUGGUUUCAGGGGUGUGAUGAUAUUUUUUUUAAAUUUAAUGUGUUCAUAUUUUUCACACAGCAAGUUUCUUCUGUGUUCAAAUGUCUUGCCUCUGUAAUACUAAGACUGUUAGUCUCCCAAAAAACCAAAUUAGUGCAAAUCCUAAAAGAUAAAACUCUAUAUUUUAAAUUGUCUUAAAUCUGACUGAUGCAACAGAAAUCUAAUCAAAUUACCACAUUUACUGAUUACUCAUUUAAUUGUCAUAAUUAACUAUUCAUGAUAGCACAUUGUAUUCAGGCUAUAAAUAAUGUGUGCAGUCAAGUGUGCAAUUUGCAUUUGUCUGUGAGGAAAUCUGACAUUUAUUUAUGUAUGUGACAUAAUAUAGUACAAAGACUCAGACACGCUGUUGGAUGCUGGUCUUGUUUCAUAUUGUGUGCUCUUAUGUUAGAUUAGAGGAUGUUUCAGGGUGCAUUUACUGUAUGGUAUAAGAGACACUGGCUCCUCACAUUGUUUCAGUCCAUGGCUCACCUUAAGCCUUUCAUCCUUUCAUCCAGGUUACUCUUUACGACACGCAGCAGCUCAAACAGCCACUCUUGUGAUACGUAUCUGUAUCAUAAGACAUUUUUGGGGAAUGUGGUGCGGAGAAGGAAACCUCAUUCGGCACCCAACUGUUGUUUAUUCGGUCAAAUUACACAUUUUCACGUAUCUGUUAGAGAAGGAAAUAGUCUUGGGAUUUCAAGCCCACAAUAUCAAAAAAAACGUUGUCCAUAUGUUUUUUUUCCAGUAUAUUUAGUUGGUCUGGUGCAUUUGUGUAAUGUAAAAUAAUAUCAAAGCAGCACAGGUGAGCUUUGAAGUAUGGACCUCUUUUAAUUUCUUUUAAGACUUUCUAACAUUGCAUAUUCCUGCCAUAACUGUAUGUGUUUGUAUGUGUGUGUGUGUGUACCAGUAUUCAUGUGAUCUGUACAAGUAGAUGUGGUCUCAAGUCAAAUAUAUUUGUAGCCUGGGCCCCGUGUAGGUGAGUGUGGCCCACCUAAGGGAAAGGGAUGUCAUUCUACAAACAUAGCGAUUAUUGCACUGCAUGGCCACCCAAACCAGCAGAUCAAUGCAAACUGCUCCAUAUGUCCAAAGUGCCAAAUCACAAAUGGCGCGUUUUGUUUUGUGCGUAUGUAUGCAUGUAUGCCUGUGUGUGAGAGAGUGAGUGAGCGAGCGAGCGAGCGAGCGAGCAUGUAUCCAUGGUGUGUUUGUGUGUGUGCGCGCGCGCCUGUGUAACAUAAUGGUUAUUUUUGUGUCAGAAGGAAAUUUAUUGAGAGAUUUGUAUAACAGUACAUUAAAAUUCUGAUUUAUGUGGCAAAAUAAAGAGAAAUUAUUUUUAAACACGAAAA